AUGGCAAAGAGGAGUAAACGUGCGAUUUUCAAGAAAACCGGUGAACGGGAAGAUAGUAAGAUGGAAGAUGUUCAUGAGCGUGAUGAACAGGUGGUAGGCGGAGGAUCUGAACCCAGGCGAGAAGCAUUAGGAGAGGCAGUAGCUACAAUUCCGCCAAAGCAAAGGGGAGAGAACCCACGAGAUGAAGACGAUGAAGCGUCUUGGACGGAGAUAUCCUCCUCAUCUCAUGGUAAAAGAAGUGUUGUAGGCAAGCCGUCGUCCAGGCAUAGUAGCGAGUCUCUCGUCCUCGUCGACGAUGUGUUGUCAUCUGACGAGGAAUUGGCACAAAAGACAGCGGAUGUGUUCAUGGGCGACGACCGAAAGGCGGGGGACGAGCAAGUAGCUGAGUACGUCGUCCUAGGAAGAGGUCUGCCUCUACCUACGGCUACGACGUCAGCAAGAAUUACACUCAGCAGCGCCUCCAAAGCACCAAAGAAGCCCUGGCAUUCCGCGCGGGCUAGAAUAGAAAUCGCACAUCAGAAAGAAGCAGAAAAACAGGCCGCAGAAGUUCAGAAAGCGAUGCAAGAAGCAAGACGACGCGGUCGACCAAGUGUGAAAGCGACGAUUGCAACGUUCGAAGCCAUAAAACGAUGGGAUGAUGGGGAGAAGGAGUUGGAACCGUACUCCAUGGUAUCGGGGUCUUCGAGAAGAGCAUCGCCUGGUGCAGUUAUCCGCGGCGGUUCGGUGGGGGAGAAAGUUGCAAUGUUCGGUGGAAAGGACUGUUUGGGUCAAGAAAAAGAUGGACCUAGCAAAACGAAUCAAAGAUAG